GAGUUCGAGGCCAGCCUGGUUUACAGAGCCAGUUCCAGGACAGCCUCCAAAACAAUACAGAGAGCCUUUCUGGCGAUGAUGACCUCCCUACGAGAACAUGCCUCUCUCAAAGGAUCUCCUUCAUCCCUCUCCAGAAGAGGAGAAGAGGAAACACAAGAAAAAGCGCCUGGUGCAGAGCCCCAGUUCCCACUUUAUGGAUGUGAAGUGCCCAGGAUGCUAUAAAAUCGCCAUGGUCUUUAGCCAUGCACAAACACUAGUCCUGUGUGGUGGCUGCUCCACUGUCCUCUGUCAGCCUACGGGCGGAAAAGCAAGGCCGGCAGAAGGAUGCUCCUUCAGGAGGAAGCAGUGCUGAAAAGGACCUGACUCAAGAUGAGUGGGAACCAUCCCAAUCAACACA